AUGGACCGUCUAAAGGCCUGGGUGGCCCCUAACUCAUACAAAUAUAGCGCCCUUCCAGAUUCCAGCAGCGUACAUGGUCGCGAGAAGAGGAUAACGGCUGCUGUUGACCGCAACAGGACAACGCUGAAGCUCCUUACCGGCGGCUUAGUCUUCUCGCUGGUGCUGUACUUUGUGGUCGGCUACAUGCGUUCAUCGCCGAGUGGCUCCUGUGAUAGCGCAAAGGAUGGCUUCCAGUGCAGGGCUGAGAUUUCUCACUUCUGGGGCCAGUACUCGCCGUACUACUCGGUGUCUUCCAAUAUCUCCAGAUCUACCCCCAAGGGUUGCGAGGUGAACUUUGCCCAGGUCCUCUCGCGUCACGGAGCUAGAGACCCCACAGCGGGAAAGACAGUCAUCUAUGCUGCUCUCAUUGCCCGGAUACGCAGCAGCGUGACCGAGUACGGCAAGCACUUCAAGUUCAUGAAGGACUACAACUACACCCUCGGUGCGGACCAGCUGUCAGAUUUUGGUCGUCAGGAAAUGGCCAACUCCGGCAUCAAGUUCUAUAAGCGCUACGAACAUCUGACACGCGACGAGUCGCCGUUUGUGAGAUCCGCCGGUCAGUUCAGGGUGGUUGAGUCGGCAGAUUACUGGACAAAGGGGUUCCACGAGGCGCGGUUGGAAGACAGGCACUCCAAGUCUCCAGAUGCCUACCCCUACGACAUAUUGGUGAUCCCUGAGGGACCUGAGUACAACAACACGCUCAGCCACGAUGCCUGCACUGCUGCCAAUACCGAACCGAACACUGCGGUAGGCGCGAUCGCCCAGGCGACGUGGGUCGAUGUGUUCACGCCGCCAAUCACGGAGAGGCUGAACAAGAACCUCCAGGGUGCCAACUUGACAAACAAGGAGACAAUCUACAUGAUGGAUCUCUGUCCUUACGAGACCGUAGCCGACAUCAAUGGCAAGCUGUCCGACUUUUGUUACCUCUUCUCGAAGGAUGAGUGGCAUGGCUACGACUACUACCAAUCACUGGGCAAAUGGUACGGGUGGGCGAACGGAAACCCCCUCGGGCCAACCCAGGGGGUUGGAUUCGUCAACGAGUUGAUCGCCCGGUUGACCGGAAAGGCGGUGGAUGACCACACCGACACAAACUCCACGCUUGAUAGCUCUCCAGAGUCAUUCCCCUUGGGCAGGGCGCUUUAUGCGGACUUCAGCCACGACAACGAUAUGACCAGCGUUUUCGCAGCACUCGGUCUCUACAACUUGACGGAGCCCCUCUCCAACACGACAAAGACGCCACCGAGGGACACGAAUGGGUACUCGGCCAGCUGGUCGGUUCCCUUUGCCGCAAGGAUGUACGUCGAGAAGAUGAGCUGCGGGGACUCCGAUGAGGAAUUGGUGAGAGUACUGGUCAACGACAGGGUGAUACCGCUGCAGAACUGCGAUGCGGACAAGUUGGGGCGCUGCAAGCUCAGCAGGUUCGUCGAGAGCCUCAGCUUUGCCAGGGCUGGUGGAUACUGGGAUAGAUGCUUCCAAUAA